UUAUAUUUAACAAAAUUACUCUUCGAAGUCAUUGUUUCAAUACAUAUGAGUUGGUAAUCCUGAAUACAAACCAUAUGUGACGUUGACAUAUAUCACUAACCGUAACAUAACGUGUUGUAGUCGCAUGCUCUACUAUAAGCUUUGCUACAGAAGUAUCUUAAUUAACCGCCAAAAUUGAGAAUAAAAUGCGAAGGACUCAUACAAAUUAUGCUUAUGAACCAUUACCAACCACAUCCAGCCAUGGAGGUUUGGAAGACGAGAAUGAAACAAUGACAGAGCAUUUAAAAGACAAAAUUCAUGCUCUAAAGUCAUUGUCGAUUGACAUUGGAAAUGAAGUACAAUAUCAGGAUAAAAUGCUCCGCGGAAUGGAUGAAGAUUUCGAAAGGACAAGUGGUUUAUUAACAAGUUCAGUUGCACGUGUAUUACGUUUAUCCAAAGGAAGUCAUGCUUAUUACAUCUUAUAUUUGGUGUUGUUUUCUAUAUGUAUCUUUUUUGUAUUAUGGGUAACUUUAAAAUUCUUCUAACCAAAACAUUUUAACACCAAAAUAUUUGAAAAGAGGAUUCAUUCCCAUAAUGUUUUAUUAUAUAUAUAAAAUUAUCCAAGUAUAACAUCUGAUAUUUGUGUAUAAAUAUAUUUCAAUAAGUUGUACAGUUAAAUUUUAACAAAGCUCCAUGUGUAAAAAAUUCUAUUCCAAUAUUACAUUUAAGUGUACAUAAAUUAAAUUGUCUGUUAGAAUUAUCAAAAGUAUAUUUUAUGUCAAAACAACGUGUAUGUACAUGCAUUUAAUACAUAUAAAUAUAUGUUUUAAUUUUUUAAUGUAAAAUAAAAAUAAUAGUGUAUAUCCUUAAAA